CAGUAGAAUCUACUUUAAGCAUUUCAGUUCUCACUAAAUCUGCAGCAGAUAUUUUUAAUCAUUCACCUGCAAUAAAGAAUGAUAAUGAUUACAAAGAUGAAGAAUUAUAUCAAGCAGGAAUUAUUAUAGAGGAUAAUGAAAUUAUUUGUUCUUCUAGGAAAAUCAUAUUCUAA